AGAAGAUGAUGUCCAGGUAUGGCAGUCUGCCAGGUGAGCUCCAUAUGAUAGAGCUGGAGAAGAGUCCCAGGGGAGUCACUAGCACUGAUGCCCGGGGCCAGGGUCUGGUUCCUGGUCUGGGUCUCAGCCUGACAGAGGACAGGGAUGGGUCCAGAGCCCACCUCGGUGUCUACGUGGCUGGGGUCGACCCCCAGGGGGCAGCGGGGCGAGACGGACGGAUACGGGUGGGGGACGAGCUACUGGAGGUGAGUCAGUGUGUGUGUCAGAGAGAGAAAGAGACACCCACACUUCAGGUGGGAGUAUGCCCCCUUUCAGUUUGUUUUACUGACUCGUAGAAGUAGAAAGUUGAAUGGAGACAGCCCUGAAUGGAGCUGCCCAUGCUGUCACAGAAGACAUUAUGGCCCAUAUACAAAGAAGUACCCUCUAUCCACCUCUAUGAUGGCCAGGUACGAAGAAGGACCCUCUAUCCACCUCUAUGAUGGCCAGAUACAAAGAAGUACCCUCUAUCCACCUCUAUGAUGGCCAGGUACGAAGAAGGACCCUCUAUCCACCUCUAUGAUGGCCAGGUACAAAGAAGGACCCUCUAUCCACCUCUAUGAUGGCCAGAUACAAAGAAGUACCCUCUAUCCACCUCUAUGAUGGCCAGGUACAAAGAAGUACCCUCUAUCCACCUCUAUGAUGGCCAGGUACAAAGAAGGUCCCUCUAUCCACCUCUAUGAUGGCCAGGUACAAAGAAGGACCCUCUAUCCACCUCUAUGAUGGCCAGAUACAAAGAAGGUCCCUCUAUCCACCUCUAUGAUGGCCAGAUACAAAGAAGGUCCCUCUAUCCACCUCUAUGAUGGCCAGGUACAAAGAAGGUCCCUCUAUCCACCUCUAUGAUGGCCAGGUACAAAGAAGGUCCCUCUAUCCACCUCUAUGAUGGCCAGGUACAAAGAAGGACCCUCUAUCCACCUCUAUGAUGGCCAGGUACAAAGAAGGACCCUCUAUCCACCUCUAUGAUGGCCAGUUACAAAGAAGGACUCUCUAUCCACCUCUAUGAUGGCCAGGUGCAAAGAAGGACCCUCUAUCCACCUCUAUGAUGGCCAGGUACAAAGGACCCUCUAUCCACCUCUAUGAUGGCCAGGUGCAAAAAAGGACUCUCUAUCCACCUCUAUGAUUAAAUCCCACCAACCCCCCAUACCCCCUUUUUCUCCCCAAUUUCUAGUUACAGUCUUGUCCCGUUGCUGCAACUCCCCUACGGACUUGGGAGAGACGAAGGUCGAGAGCCAUGCGUCCUCCGAAACACGACCCUGCCAAGCUUCACUGCUUCUUGACGCACUGCUCGCCUAACCCGGAAGACAGCCGCAACAAUGUGUCAGAGGAAACACCGUCCAGCUGGCGACCGAAGUCAGUUUGCAGGCGCUCGGCUCGCCACAAGGAGUCACUAGAGAGCGACGGGACAAGGAAAUCCCGGUCGGACCAAACCCUCCCCUAACCCAGACGACGCUGGUCCAAUUGAGCGUCGCCUCAUUGGUCUCCUGAUCACGGCCGGCUGUGACACAGCCUGGGAUCGAACCCGGGUCUGUGGUGAAGCCUCAAGCGCUGCGAUGCAGUGCCUUAGACCGCUGCGUCACUCGGGAGGCCCCGUUCGCCCCGUAUAAACUAUAGUAUAGCAAUAUAUAUAACGUAGUAGUAAUGUAUAGUAUUGUAUAACGUAUAGUAAUAUAGUAUUUCGUAUAGUAAUACAUUGUGAUUGUUUGUAGAUCAACGGUCAGAUCCUGUAUGGUCGUAGUCACCAGAACGCUACAGCCAUCCUCAACAGUGCUCCUUCUAAAGUCCAGAUCAUCCUCACCAGGUAUGGUAUAGGACCACACACUUCACAGGAAAUGGGAAUACACUGCACGCUGUUGAGAUGCCCCUUUUUGAGGUUUCAUUUAGAAAGGUUUUGUAUCAAACGUAUCAAAACCAUAUCAAAAUAAUUUGACUGGUGUUAUUCAUGUGUUUUUACUACGCUUUAAAUAUAGUAACUAUUAUAGAUUUUACUCAUUAUCAAAUGCGGUGAACAUUAAUCAAUUUUGACCACCAAUUACUUAAUUCUAUUUCCAAGAUGGCGACUUUGAUGUCUAAUACAGAUGUUAUUGUUUUGAUCAGGAAUAAAGCCGCUCUGACGCAGACGGCUCAAGGACCCAUGGGAGGGGACUCUCCUCUUCCUCCCUCUAUCCCUCCAUCUCUCUCUCCUCUUUUCUCCAUCCCUCCAUCCCUGUCUCUUCCUCCCAUCCCCCCAAUCCUCUCCACUCCUCCGUCGGCACUGCCAGGAACGCCUCCUCCUCCAGCGGGCAAUCUGAUUGGCCAACGGGCCCUGACCUCCUGAGUUGUCCCAUAAUACCCGGAGUUGACAGCACCAUCGAGAUCUGUAAAGGACACUUGGGCCUGGGCCUCAGCAUCGUGGGGGGUUGUGACACGCUACUGGUAAGAGAGAGAGAGAGAGAGAGAGAGAGAGAGAGAGAGAGAGAGAGGAGAGAGAGAGAGAGAGAGAGAGAGAGAGAGAGAGAGGAGAGAGAGAGAGAGAGAGAGAGAGAGAGAGAGAGAGAGAGAGAAAGCGAGGAGAGAGAGAGGAGAGAGAGAGAGGAGAGAGAGAGAGAGAGAGAGAGAGAGAAAGCAAGAGAGAGAGAGAGAGAGAGAGAGAGAGAGAGAGAGAGCGAGAGAGAGAGAGGGAGGAGAAAGCGAGAGAGAGAGAGGAGAGAGGGUUAAUGUCUCUCUCUCCUCCCCAGGGGGCCAUAAUAUCCAUGAGGUUAAUGAUCUCCUCUUUUCCCACCAGGGGCCAAUAAUCCAUGAGGUUAUGAUCCCCUCUUUCCCCACCAGGGGGGCCAUAAUUAAAUUUCCCUGGUUAAUGAUCUCUCUUCCACCACCAGGGGGCCAUAAUAACCAUAGGUUAAUGAUCUUCUCUCCUCCACCAGGGGCCAUAAUAAUCCAUGAGGUUAAUGAUUUUCUCUUCCUCCACCAGGGGCCAUAAUAAUCCAUGAGGUUAAUGAUCUCUCUCUCCUCCACCAGGGGGGGCCCUAAUAAUCCAUGAGGUUAAUGAUCUCUUUUCUCCUCCACCAGGGGGCCAUAUAAUCAUGAGGUUUUAAUAUCUCUCUCCCUCACCCGGGGGCCAUAAUAAUCCAUGAGGUUAAUGAUCUCUCUUUCCACCAGGGGGGCCAAAUAAUCCAUGAGGUUAAGAUCUCUCUCUCCCCACCGGGGGCCAUAAUAAUCCAUGAGGUUAAUGAUCUCUCUCUCUCCCAGGGGCCAUAAUAACCAUGAGGUUAAUGAUCUCUCUCUCCUCCACCAGGGGGCCAAAAAACCAUAGGUUAUGAUUUUUCUCUCCUCCACAGGGGGGCCAUAAUAAUCCAUGAGGUUAAUGAUCUCUCUUCUCCACCAGGGGGCCAUAAUAAUCCAUGAGGUUAAUGAUCUCUUCCUUUCCCCCACCAGGGGGCCAUAAUAUCCCUGAGGUUAAUGAUCUCUCUCUCCCACCAGGGGGCCAUAAUAAUCCAUGAGGUUAAUGAUCUCUCUCUCCUCCCAAAGGGGGGCCCUAAUAAUCCAUGAGGUUAAUGAUUUUCUUUUCUCCUCCACCAGGGGGCCAUAAUAAUCCAUGAGGUUAAUGAUCUCUCUCUUCUCCACCAGGGGGCCAUAAUAAUCCAUGAGGUUAAUGAUCUCUCUCUCCUCCACCAGGGGGCCAUAAUAAUCCAUGAGGUUAAUGAUCUCUCUCUCCUCCACCAGGGGGCCAUAAUAAUCCAUGAGGUUAAUGAUCUCUCUUCCUCCACCAGGGGCAAAAAUCCCGAGGUUAAUGAUCUUCUUCCCACCAGGGGGCCAUAAUAAUCAUGAGGUUAUGACUCUCUCUCCUCCACCCAGGGGGCCCUAAUAAUCCAUGAGGUUUAAAGAUCUCUCUCUCCUCCACCGGGGGCCAUAAAAUCCCUGGGUUUAAGGGUCCUUUUUCCUCCCAGGGGGCCAUAAUAAUCCAGGGGUUUUUGAUCUCUUUCCUCCACCAGGGGGCCCUAAUAAUCCCUGAGGUUUUUAAAGAUCUCUCUCCCCCCAGGGGGCCCUAAAAUCCGAGGUUUAAAAUCUCUCUUCCACCCGGGGGCCAUAAUAAACAUGAGGUUAAUGUCUCCUCUCCUCCACCAGGGGGCCUAAAAAUCCAUGAGGUUUAAAGAUGGGGGCAGCCCGAGAAGGGGGGUGUGGGGGAGACCAGGUGCUGAGGUGUGGCUACCCCCACCCCACCCACACAACACACAAAACACACACCACACACACGGGGGUACACACCCACACACCAGGCGGGGGAAAAUAGACUACACCCACAUGGGGUUUUUACACACAACAACCCCACUGGGGUUCAAAAACACAACCGGGGGCGGGAGGAAUUAGAAGUUGGUUGAGGGUUUGGGUUAAAAAGGGUAUGGGGAUUUGGGUAUGGUUUUUAAAAGGUUGGUUUUUUGAGGUUGGUUAUAUUGAGGUUUGGUUUUAUUAGAGGUAGGGGUUUAGAGGUAUGGUAAUUUUGAGGUAGGUAUAUUAGAGUUUUUUGGUUUAAUAGAGGUUUUGGGUUUUUUAAAAAGGGAUGGUUAUAUUAGAGGGAUUGGGUUUUAUUGAGGUAGGAUAUUAGAGGUAUGGUUUUAUUUGAGGGUUUUUGGUUUAUUGAGGUAUGGUUUUAUUAGAGGUAUGGUAAUUAGGGUUUAUAUUGGGGUUAUGUUAUAUUAGAGGUAUGGUUUAAAUUUAGGGGUUUUAUAUUAGAGGUAGGGGUUUUUUAGGGGGAUGGUAUAUAGAGGAUGGUUAUAUUGAGGUAUGGUUUUUAAGAGGUUUAUUAGGGUUUAAUUAGAGGUAGGGUUUAAAUUUAGAGGAUGGUUAUAUUAGAGGUUUUAUUAGAGGGGGUUAUUUUGGGGAGGUUUAUUAGAGGUUUAUUUUAGAGGUAGGUUUUAUUUAGGGUUUAUGGGUUAUAUUAAGGUUGGUUAAUUAGGGUUUUUUAGAGGUAUGGUUUAUUAGAGGUAUGUUAUUUAGAGGAGGUUUAUUAGGGUAUGGUUAAUUAGGGGUUAUUUUAGAGGUUGGUUUAUUGGGGUUUGGUUUAUUUAGGUUUUAUAUGGAUUUGGGUAGGUUUUUUUAGGGGGUUGGUUUUAGAGUUUUUUUUUUUUUGGGUUUUUUGGAGGUAGGUUUUAUAUUAGAGGUUUAUUGGGUUUUAUUUUAGGGGUAGGGUUUAUAUUAGGGUAUGGUUAUUUAGGGUUAUUUGGGGAUUAGGGGGUAUGGUUAUUUUGGGGAGGUUAUAUUUAGGGGUUGGUAUAUUGAGUAUGGUUUAUUAGAGGUUAUUUAGGAGGUUUUAUUGGUUAAAAAUUAAGAGGUUGGUUAUUAAAAUAAAGGGGGGGGGUUUAUUAGGGGAAAAAAAUAAACCCAGGUUUCCACAUCUGUAAGGUUUUCGCAAAUGGUAAAAAAGCCCAUCACUAAUGCUGAUACCCGUCCAGACCCUUUUAGACAUGGUUACAUUGAGGGGGGGAAAGGGGGGGGGGGGGGGAGGGACAGGCGGGGGAAAAAGGGGAGGGGAGGGAGAGGAAAGGAAAAAGAAAAACAAGAGCCCGGGAGAGGAAAAAGGAAGAAAAAGGGGGGAGAGAUGGGAAAGGAAACGGGGGGCAGGGGGGAAAAGGGGGAAAAAAAGGGGGAGGGAGGGAGGGAAAACAAAAAGGGGAAUUUUUUUUCUUCUCCUUCCCCUCUCUCUUCUUCCUUUUCUCUCUCUCCUUCUCCCCCCAGGUGGUAUAGACCUGGGCCAGGCCACCCAUGAGGAGGCUAUAGGGGUGUUGAGGCUGACCCCUCAGAGGGUGCGUCUCACGGUGUUCAGACACCAGGAGUACAGGGAGGAGGACCUGUGGGACGUCUUCCAGCUGGAGCUCAGACCACAACCUGGACAGACCCUGGGGCUCAGCACUGUAGGGAAGAGGUAGGGGACUGCUUUUCAACUGAUUUUUAGCUGUACACUGGUUCUCAACUAUCUACUGAUUUUCAGCUCGUCCACUGGUUCUCAACUAUCUACUGGUUUUUAGCUCUCCACUGGUUCUCAACUGUCAACUGGUUUUCAGCUGUCCACUGGUUCUCAACUGUCAACUGGUUUUCAACUAUCUAAUGGUUUUCAACUGGUUUUCAACUGUCAACUGGUUUUCAGCUGUCAGCUGGUUUUCAACAGUCAUAAAUGUUAUUCUGUUGACUUCUUGAUGUUUCCACUAGCAACGACACAGGUGUGUUUGUGUCUGAGAUCAUUCGAGGGGGUGUGGCUGAUGGAGACGGUCGGCUGUUUCUAGGAGACCAGAUCCUGUCAGUCAACAGAGAGGAUGUCAGAACAGCUACACAGGAACACGUUACCUCACUGUUACAGGUGGGAUACACACACACACACACACACACACACACACACACACACACACACACACACACACACACACACACACACACACACAGACACAGACACACACACACACACACACACACACACACACACACACACACACACACACACACACGCACACACACACACACAGACACAGACACACACACACACACACACAGACACACACACACACACACACACUAGGAGAGGAUGUCAGAGAAGCAUCACAGGAACACCUCACAACACUGCUAUAGGUAUAGGACGGGCUCGUGGUAAUGGCUGGAGCGGAAUCACUGGAAUGGUAUCAAAUACAUCAAACACAUGGUUUCCAUUCCAUUUGCUCCGUUCCAGCCAUUUAUUAUGAGCUGUCCUCCCCUCAGCAGCCUCCACUGAUACACACACACACACACACACACACACACACUCACACACUGAGAGGAUGUCAGAUCAGCCACACAGAAACAUGUCACCGUGCUGAUACACACACACACCUCAGUUGUUAGAGAGGAAGUCAGCGAAGCCACACAGGAAGACGUGACGGCGCUGCUACAGAUCUGACACACACAGACACACACACACACACACACACACACACACACACACACACACACACAGACACACACACACACACACACACACACACACACACACACACAGACACACACACACAGACACACACACACACACACACACACACACACACACAGACACACACACACACACAGACACACACACACACAGACACACACACACACACACACACAGACACACACACCACACACACACCCAGGUUUAAGUCCUCUCUCAUCUCUCUGUCGUGUCUCUCAGAGCUGCAGUAGUGGAACAGUGAUCCUAGAGGUUGCUCGCUUCAAAGCCGGUGUUCACUACUCUUGUGGAAGCCAGGUAAAACACCGCGCCUCAUAGCCUCUUUACCCACGACGUCAUGUCUAUCGUCAUACUGGGCUUUGUGUUUCUCUUUGUCAAACUCCACCUGGUCUGUGGUUUUAUAAUGUUGUGUUGUCCAGAGUGGUGACUCCGGUGGUAGUGGCAGCUCCACCCUGACCCCCUCCGGUGUGUGUGAUGUCCAGGGUCACCACCAGGGGGAGACAGAGAGACGCCAGAGAGGAGAGGGCUACCGUGAGUGAGAUUGAGGCUUCUCAUAACAUAUUUCACCAGUGUUUUAAACAACUGUAAUAGUCAAAUCAACUGUAAAAAAGUAACUUCAAGUAAACUACAGUAAAGUUAAGCCACCAGGGGGAGAAAGAGAGACCAGAGAGGAGGCUUCUACUGUGAGGGAUUCACUCUCUGAUUAUGGGAUUUCUGGUUGUUAACACUGGUCACGGUAGACACCAAUCCAAUGCUGUAAACUCAUUGAAUGGGUGUGAACAAGUGAACAUUUAAACAUCCUUUUCAGUAAUAAAAUGCUAUUUUCCUCCACAGCAAUUGAAGUACCAUGAGAUAAGGACAGUGGUUAUACAUAAGGUGGGAUAUACAGUACUUCUGGUUUUGGUCAUUUUCUAUCGGUGCAAAUGCUGAGCAAAGCUGGACUAUAUAUGGUUGUUAUAUGGAAUAUAUAUAUGGUUGUUAUAUGGAAUAUAUAUGGUUGUUAUAUGGAAUAUAUAUGGUUGUUAUAUGGAAUAUAUAUAUGGUUGUUAUAUGGAAUAUAUAUAUGGUUGUUAUAUGGAAAUAUAUAUAUGGUUGUUAUAUGGAAUAUAUAUAUGGUUGUUAUAUGGAAAUAUAUAUGGUUGUUUUGGGAAUAUAUAUAGGGUUUGUUUAGGGAAUAUAUAGGGUUUGUUAUAUGGAAUAUAUAUGGUUGUUAUAUGGAAUAUUAUAUGGUUGUUUAUGGAAUAUACAUGGUUGUUAUUGGAAUUAUAUAUGGUUGUAUAGGGAAUAUAUAUAGGGUUUUGUUAUAUGAAUAUAUAUAUGGUUGUUCUAUGGAAUUUUAUGUUGUUAUGGUUAUAUGGUUUUUAUGGAAUAUAUUAGGGUUUGUUAUAUGGAUAUAUAUGGUUGUUAUAUGGAAUAUUUUGGUUGUUAUAUGGAAUUAUAUAUAUGGUUGUUAUAUGGAAUACCUGGUUGUUAUAUGGAAUAUAAGUGGGGAAAAAAAGUAUUUAGUCAGCCACCAAUUGUGCAGUUCCCCCAAACUUAAAAAGAGAAAGAGAGGCCUGUAAUUUUCAUCAUAGGUCCCACGUCAACUAGGGACAGACAAAAUGGGGGGAAAAAAAAAAUCCAGAAAUCACAUGUAGGAUUUUUAAUGAUUUAUUUGCAAAUGAUGGUGGAAAAUAAGUAUUUGGUCAAUAACAAAAGUUUCUCCAAAACUUUGUUAUUAGCCCCUUUUUUGGCAAUGACACAGGUCAAACGUUUUCUGUAAGUCUUCACAAGGUUUUCACACACUGUUGCUGGUAUUUUUGGCCCAUUUUCCUCCAUGCAGAUCUCCUCUAGAGCAGUGAUGUUUUGGGGCUGUCGCUGGGCAACACAGACUUUCAACUCCCUCCAAAGAUUUUCUAUGGGGUUGAGAUCUGGAGACUGGCUAGGCCACUCCAGGACCUUGAAAUGCUUCUUACGAAGCCACUCCUUCGUUUCCCGGGCAGUGUGUUUGGGAUCAUUGUCAUGCUGAAAGACCCAGCCACGUUUCAUCUUCAAUGCCCUUGCUGAUGGAAGAAGGUUUUCACUCAAAAUCUCACGAUACAUGGCCCCAUUCAUUCUUUCCUUUACACGGAUCAGUCGUCCUGGUCCCUUUGCAGAAAAAACAGCCCCAAAGCAUGAUGUUUCCACCCCCAUGCUCCACAGUAGGUAUGGUGUUCUUUGGAUGCAACUCAGCAUUCUUUGUCCUCCAAACACGACGAGUUGAGUUUUUACCAAAAAGUUCUAUUUUGGUUUCAUCUGACCAUAUGACAUUCUCCCAAUCCUCUUCUGGAUAAUCCAAAUGCACUCUAGCAAACUUCAGAAGGGCCUGGACAUGUACUGGCUUAAGCAGGGGGACACGUCUUGCACUGCAGGAUUUGAGUCCCUGGCGGCAUAGUGUGUUACUGAUGGUAGGCUUUGUUACUUUGGUCCCAGCUCUCUGCAGGACAUUCACUAGGUCCCCCCGUGUUGUUCUGGGAUUUUUGCUCACCGUUCUUGUGAUCAUUUUGACCCCACAGGGUGAGAUCUUGCGUGGAGCCCCAGAUCGAGGGAGAUUAUCAGUGGUCUUGUAUGUCUUCCAUUUCCUAAUUAAUUGCUCCCACAGUUGAUUUAUUCAAACCAAGCUGCUUACCUAUUGCAGAUUCAGUCUUCCCAGCCUGGUGCAGGUCUACAAUUUUGUUUCUGGUGUCCUUUGACAGUUCUUUGGUCUUGGCCAUAGUGGAGUUUGGAGUGUGACUGUUUGAGGUUGUGGACAGGUGUCUUUUAUACUGAUAACAAGUUCAAACAGGUGCCAUUAAUACAGGUAACGAGUGGGGGACAGAGGAGCCUCUUAAACAAGAAGUUACAGGUCUGUGAGAGCCAGAAAUCUUGCUUGUUUGUAGGUGACCAAAUACUUAUUUUCCACCAUAAUUUGCAAAUAAAUUCAUUAAAAAUCCUACAAUGUGAUUUUCUGGAUUUUUUUUUCUCAAUUUGUCUGUCAUAGUUGACGUGUACCUAUGAUGA